AUGAGCCGUGUUACCCUCGCCCUCCUGCUCGGCCUUCUGUUUGGCAUGGUACAGGCAGUUCCAAUGAUAGACUACGCCCCAGGGCACGGCGUUGACCCAGAAUUCGAGUCUUGGUACGAGGAAUUGUUGAGAAACAAUGAGGAUCCGACCACAUCAUCCGCCUACACAGACUUUUUCGCUCCUAAUGGUAGCUUGAUCGUCCUGGGAGAGGUUUCUACGGGCCCAGAGGCCAUCCUCAGAGCUCGGGGUGCCAUGCAGCCCGCCGACAGUUCAAUUGAGUGGAAUGUAUGUUUUCGCGCGCCUAUGGAUGAUAUCGUAGCACAAGAGCUAAUUAUACCGCAUCACUUUCCCAACACCACGGUUGUUGCCGCCGAGUCGGCGACUGAAAGGACGUUUCAUGUCUUUGGGGUGAUGCAGACAGUCACCACGGCCGACGGUGAAUGCUCUACGACCUACUUUCAGACUCUAUUCACUGUAGCAAAGAGAAAGUGCACUGGUACUGCAAACCUCUCCCCGCAGGGUGGUAGCCUUUUGAUCUAUGAUGGGUUCUCUAUUAGCCCCUCGGACGAUCCAUGCAUUAAGUAG